AUGUGGGCAAGAAGGGAGGAAUGCAGAAAUAUCAUCCAAGAAGUCUGGGAUGGCAGCCAAGACUUAAACUCUCCUAGUGGGAUUGCUGCCAGAUUAAGUCAUUGUGCUGAAAACCUCUCUAAAUGGAACAAAAUGGUGUUUGGGCAAAUUCCUAAGCAAAUUCAGAAGAAGAGAGAGACUCUCAAUACUCUUGUCUGUAGGGAUAAAGAUGGCAACUUAGGAAGUGAGAUUAAUGUGAUAAGAAAAGAGAUUAAUGAGCUAUUGGAUAGUGAAGAAAUUAUGUGGCAACAGAGAGCAAAGGUGCAAUGGUUAGGUCUUGGGGAUCGAAAUACGAAAUACUUCCACACUAGGGCUUCAGAUAGGAGAAGGAGAAAUACUAUCUACAGUAUUAUGGAUGAAAAUGGGAAUUGGCAUGAUUCUAUGGAUGAGAUUGCAGAGGUGGCGGUGUCAUAUUUCAAGAGUCUGUAUUCUACUUCUUUUCCGACUCGCAUUUCGAAAGUCAUAGAUACUAUCCCAACUAAAGUCACUGAACAUAUGAAUCAGCGCCUUAUUCAAGAGUUCACAAGGGAGGAAGUGGAGGCAGCUCUAAAUCAGAUGCACCCAACAAAAGCCCCGGGUUCGGAUGAUAAUCAGAGUGCGUUUCUCUCUGGGAGACUUAUUACUGAUAAUGUGCUUGUAGCUUUUGAACUUAUGCACUAUUUAGAACAUAAGAAGGAUGGUAGGGAGGGUGUUAUGGCGAUAAAUAUUACUCCUACUAGGGGUCUCCGUCAAGGAGACCCAAUUUCACCUUAUAUUUUUCUGUUGUGCGCAGAUAGUUUUUCCUCCCUUAUUAAUAAUGCUGCUAUGAAUCAAAGAAUUAGUGGAGUAUCAAUAUGUAGAGGCUGCCCCAAGACCACUAAUCUGUUUUUUGCAGACGACAGCCACUUAUUCUGUAAGGCAAAUAGUCAAGAAUGCCAGACUCUUAUUGAUGUUCUCCAGCUAUAUGAAGCUGCUUCGGGUCAGAAGAUCAAUGCGGAUAAAUCUUCAGAUACCCGACACAAAAAAUACCUUGGACUACCCUCGAUCAUUGGCAAGUCAAAAGUUGAAAUAUUUACUGAAGUCAAAGAGAGGGUGGAGAAAAAAUUGGCGGGGUGGAAGGAGAAAAUGCUUUCUGUGGGUGGCCGAGAGAUUCUUAUUAAAGCUGUUGCUCAAGCAAUACCAACUUACACUAUGAGCUGCUUCCAGAUCCCAAAAAGUGUUUGUGAUGAGUUUGAAGGAAUGAUGAGAAAGUUUUGGUGGGGCCAAAGGGGUCAGGAAUCAAAGAUUGCUUGGGUUAGUUGGAAGAAGAUGUGUAAGUCCAAGCUGAAUGGAGGAAUGAGGUUCAGAAAUUUACAGGCUUUUAACCUUGCUAUGCUAGCAAAGCAAGGUUGGAGGUUGAUUUCGAAUCCUAACUCUCUGGUGGCCCAAGUCUAUAAAGCGAAAUAUUAUCCACAUGGUGAUGUGUUCAAUGCAAAACUUGGUUCCAGCCCUUCAUAUACUUGGAGGAGCAUCUUCAGUGGGUUGGAAGUAGUUAAAAGAGUUAGGGUGCUAGAAACAAUGGAGGAAGGUGAAAGCUCCUCAGGUGAUGCUAGGAGCCCUCUUUGGAAGAAACUUUGGCACUUGAACAUUCCUCCAAAGGGUCAAUAUUCUGUGGAGGAAGUUGAAGCUCUGGCUGUGGAGUAUGGUCUUCUUCUUGCCAAAGAGCAAAAGCUUUCUCAUAUUAUUUUGGAGUCUGAUGCAUCAAUAGUUGUUUCUAAUGUCACAGCAGUUGAAACAAGUGGCAGGCUCGGCCAUGUGUAUCAAGGUAUCCGUGGUUUGUUGUCUUCGUUUAGUAGCUGGAAUAUUAAGCAUGUGAAAAGGGAAUACAACAAGGCAGCCUAUAUGCUCGCACAAUAUGCUAGACAGAAGGAAGAAUCUUAUGUUUGGAAGGGAGUUUGUCCUCCCAUGGUGGCUCAGAUUAUUCAGGAAGAGGGUCUGUUAGUUUGA